AUGGCGCAGCAAGGGCUGGGAGAGAAAGUAUGGUCGGCGCUCGAGCUCGAGUGGCUGCCGGCCUACCACGACUGGCGGUCGGCCCACCUGUGGAUGGGGAAGCACUACGAGGUGCCGGUGGCGCUGUGCGUGCUCUACGUCAUCGUCAUCUUCGGCGGUAAGCGAUUGAUGAGAGAUCGGAAGGCGUUCGAUUUGCAGCAGCCGCUCUUCUUCUGGAACGUCUUCCUCGCGACCUUCUCGGCGAUCGGCGCUCUGUGCACGGUGCCGCACAUCUACACGACGGUGACGGAGAGGGGCUUCACGGAGGACAUGUGCACGACCAGGUCCGAGCUGGCGAACCCGUGGGUCUACCUCUUCUGCCUGAGCAAGAUUCCCGAGCUGCUCGACACGGUCUUCAUCGUGCUGCGCAAGAAGCCGCUCAUCUUCCUCCACUACUACCACCACGUGAUGACCCUCCUCUACUGCUGGAACGCGUGGGCUCUCCACAUCCCCAACGGCGGCUGGUUCGCGGCGAUGAAUCUCAUCAUCCACACGCUCAUGUACUCGUACUACGCGGCCUGCGCGAUUGGCGUCCGAUUCAGCAACCGCACCCGCCUCUCGAUCACCUCGCUUCAGAUCCUCCAGAUGAUCCUCGGCGUCUCCAUCGUGCUCCACAACCUUGUCGUGUGCAACACGCACCCGGAGAACUACAUCUUCGGCCUCGUCAUGUACGCGAGCUACAUGGUGCUCUUCACCAAGCUCUUCCUCGACUCCUACGUCUUCAAGCGACCCGCCCGCGACGUCAAGUCGGCCAAGGAGAGGGCCGAGCGCGUCAAGGACGAGCAGGAGCAGGACCACACUGCCGAUUCGUCUCGCAUCAGGAAGCGACCGACCACCGUCAAGAAGGCCAACUAA